UGCGCUCGUGGGUCACGAAAAUAAAAGCGCGCAAAAAUAGAAAGAAACAUAAACUUGUUGAGUACACACACAUAAACCAGUGAAAUGCAUAUGUGUGCAGAUUGUGUUUAAUAAGGUGCAGAGUGACCGGGCAGCCCCUGUUCACAUGUGCCCUCUCGGGUUGAGCAUGCAUCACGGUGGUUGGAGAUGAGAUGCAGCUCAGCAGAUCCAUGUUUUCCUCCACUCACGUGUACCGGUUGCUCGGUUGCGCCCGUCAAGCUGUCUCUAAAGCCGUGAGGAGAGCUUAUUCCGGGAGCCUCUCCUGCUGUCCUACAUCAACAACAGCCAGCAUUUCUCCAGUCAUGGCUCCGAGUGAACACUGUUUUCUUCACCGACAGAGCAGAAAACACAGAAGACAGAUCAUGAUUUUACGCGGGUCACAAUGAAACGAGGAAGGACAGGUCUAAAGUCAAAGUGCCAAACCUUUCCCACCCACGAGGAGAGGACUAAGAGACUAAAACUAAACCAGGGGCCACCCAGUUUCACUCUGGGUCUCACGGAGGAUUGGGGUAACCUGCCUCACCAUGUCGUCCUGCAGAUCUUUCAGCAUCUGUCUCUCGUGGACCGAGCCAGGGCGUCCUCUGUGUGCAGACGCUGGAAUGACGUCUUUCACACUCCUGAUCUCUGGAGAAGGUUUGAGUUUGAGCUUAACCAGCCGGCCACAUCUUACCUGCGCUCCACUCACCCAGAUCUCAUCCAGCAGAUCAUUAAGAAGCACGCCCAGCACCUGCAGUACGUCAGCUUCAAGGUGGACAGCUGCACCGAAUCUGCAGAGGCGGCCUGUGACAUUCUCUCCCAGCUGGUGAACUGUACCAUUAAGACCCUGGGGCUGAUUUCCACAGCACGACCCAGCUUCAUGGACGUGUCUCAGGCUCACUUUGUGUCUGCACUGACAGUGGUGUUCGUCAACUCAAAGUCACUGUCCUCUAUCAAGAUUGAUGACACUCCAGUUGAUGACCCGUCCCUGAAGGUGCUGGUUGCCAACAACAGUGACACACUCAAGUUGCUGAAGAUGAGCAGCUGUCCUCAUGUCUCCCCAGCUGGUAUCCUCUGUGUGGCAGAUCAAUGCCAUGGACUCAGGGAGCUGGCGUUGAACUACCAUCUUCUGAGUGAUGAGCUCCUGCUCGCUCUCUCCUCUGAAAGACAUGUCCACUUGGAACACCUGCGUAUUGACGUGGUGAGUGAAAACCCCAGCCAGACCCACUUCCACACCAUCAAGAAGAGCAGCUGGGAGGCCUUGGUCCGACACUCACCUAAAGUCAACAUCGUCAUGUACUUCUUUCUCUAUGAGGAGGAGUUUGAGCCCUUUUUUCGUGAGGAGACCCCCGUCACACACCUGUACUUUGGCCGGGCAGUUAGUAAAGAGAUGCUGGGCCGCAUCGGACUGAACUGCCCCCGCCUGGUGGAGCUGGUGGUCUGCGCCAACGGCCUGGAGCCACUGGACGAGGAACUGAUCCGCAUCGCAGAACGCUGCAAAAGCUUGACGGCCAUCGGUCUAGGGGAGUGUGAGGUCACCUGCAGUGGCUUUGUGGAGUUUGUGAAGAUGUGUGGAGGCAGGCUGACUCAACUGUCAAUCAUGGAGGAGGUCCUGAUCCCAGACAGCACCUAUAACAUGGAGCAGAUCCACAGUGAGGUGUCAAAGCACCUCGGCCGCAUAUGGUUCCCUGAUAUGAUGCCCACCUGGUAAGGUAAGAGAAACCAGAGUGGAGGGUUGACAGAGCCAUAUGACCCUGUGUACGAUUACAGUAUUUGGAGUACAUGUUCUCUGAGGUACUUUAAGACAAUAUGUCAAAAAUUUUGACAGUUACUGUUGUUACUGAAUGAUAUGAAUAUCAAUCAUCAUCAUCAUCAGCUUUUAGAAGGGGAUUCAUUCCUAAAGAUUACAUGUGAAGCUAAUGUGCUUUUGUUCUACAAAUCAUUCUUGCUAUGCAUAGAUAUUGUUUUGUGGAAAUUUGGUCUGUAAUGAAAGAUUUUUGUGCAGUGCCACCAUGUACUCAUGCACUUGUUUAUAACAUGAUCUAAAUGUACCAUCACUCUGUUUCUUCAGUAUAUACGAUGGGUGCCAUCUUCUGGUUGAUCACUUUUCAAGCAUCUCUCAUCCUGCAAAAACUGAAUGUUUCAAAGAAAAUCCAUGUGAUCUCCAAAGUUACUUAUCAUUAAUUUGGAAGUAAAUUCCCAUAUCUGUUUCAGCUUCAGUCCAUGACUUCUAACAUUUUGCAGAGUACAGUUUGGCACACCUGCCUGGACUCAGUUGGUCAGACCAAUGUCAGAGAAAUCACCAACAAACGUGAGAUUAAUAUAGAACAAGAACAAGAGUUUCCAGUUCUGCCACACCUUCAUGUGAAAUACAAUGUGUCUUUUGUUUCUAGUCUAGUUUUGAUUGUUUGCAGACUUUUAUAUUUAUUGAAAACCUUUAAUUGACUUUCGCUUAAAUGUUGUUGAUUUACCUUAGUUUGAUUACCUUAAAUGUUGUUGUUACAGAUGGAUAUUUAGAUAUUCCAUGGCGUGGCAGUUUCAUGAUAUAUUUCUCGUCAAAAAAAACAAAAAGAAAACCAAAACUCACAGACUGGUUGGACAGGUCAGCCUGUCUUCAAACAAAAGCCAAUAAAGAGCAGAGUUUGUUGAGACUUUAAGGUUCUCUACUGUCCUCUCCCAAUAUUUAUUUAGGUGCUUGACAUUUCUUACUAUAUUUUUUGCUGUUUUUAUUGCAUCUGUUUAAGAUGUAUGUGUUAAAGUGCUGAUGAACGUCAAGUUCCACAGGUUGUGAUCAGAAAUUCAUAUGUGGAGGCAGUAUUCAUAUCUUUUACUUUUGUAAAGUUGAAGCACCACAGUGUGCAAAUACUUUUAAUGGUAAAGUAAUUAAUUCAGAACUUACUCAUGUAAAAGUACAAGGGUAUAGAAUGAAAAAUGCAAGUAAUGAACUAUUACAGGAUGAUGUAUAGUGUAUUACUUGAUUGAUUAUAAGUAGUGACACAUUAACCUUUUCGUGGUUUUGAUGGUAAUGAUGGGCCUCAUUUUGAUGUGUUUCAAGUGUUGGUGUAGUUAAGUAACUUAAUAUACUAUAAUACAUAAUAAUAUAUAAGACGACUUUUAUUUUUCAUAUUAAUAAUAUAAAUCAGAGAAUCAAAUAUUAACUCGAGUUAAUUUUAAGACAUGUAAUGGAGUAUUCAAAAUUGCACCAAGCAUAAUUAAUGUGCUUAAGAUGCUUUUAGAUGUAGUUUUUUAAUGAAUGUUCUCAGAAUGUUUAUUAAGGUUCAUAUUUGCUUCUUUGAUUCACAAAAUUGCCAAAUACAUUGUAUUUAGAGCUUGAUGUUAUUUUAAUAUCUUUUUAUUACUUUGUACACAUUUAUUUUGCACAAAACCAUUGUAAUACAUGUAAAUAAUUCCAUAGUAUCCAGUGCCACAUUGUGCCCCAUGAUGCACUGUAGUAAAAGCUAUAUAAUGUUACUCAUCAUAACUGAUUUUGAUGCAUGAGCAGCAGUGACACUGUAGUUGCGGUCUGUGGCUUGUUUUGCUCACGUAUGUACUUUAAUAAAAGGAGCUUUAAUUUA